CACAGAAAGAGAGAGAGGGUGAGAGAGAGAGACCAACCUCACUAUGUUCGACUCGCUGCCACCGAUUCAGUAACACGGGAUGGAUGAUGAGAGGAGCGAUGGAGGCGCAGGAGGAGGACAACCUGAGGUGGAGGAUGAGUUUGCGUGUGCUGGCAUGCUGCGUGGAUCUCUGACCUCCCUACACGACACUGUGGAGCGGAUAUUUAGGGUGCAGUUUCGGAUUGGGGCUGACGAUUUGCCUCAUGGCAACAACGGGCAGAUAUGGCUGAAACUACGCGGGCCUAACAGCAAUGUGAAAGCUGCCAAAUUAUUCGUAAGAGGAGUCGUGAACCAAGAGGAGCAACAGGAGGUGUCCUAUCCCGGGGUCCUUCACUGUGUCUUCUGUGGUGCCAAAGGGCUGUUUACUGACUGCCUGAUAAAAAGCACCUCAGCGCAUAUAGUGGUUAGCUCUCCAGGCUAUCUGCUGAUAUCAGGUAUUGCAGAGCCAGUGGUCCGAGCCUACUCCCUCAUUACAGAACUGGUGGACAGAUACGAGGACACGCAGUCCAGACGCCCUGAGACUGGGGACAGAGGUGAGUCCCUGGAGUCACGCCGGGCCUUCAAAAAUCUGGUAGAGAAAUGGGAUGACAGGCACAUCUUGGAUCUUCUGGUGCUGCCAGGGUCGGUGAAGGAAAUCCUGCUGGAUUUGGUGAAAGAAUCGGGUCUUGGAUCAAGCUCGAGCCUGGCGCUGAGAGAUGGGAUUGCAGGGGAGAGAUAUGAGGAUUUGGAGUUUAGAUGGGACAAACCCUCCGCCAUUAGGUGCACACUUCCUGAAGAUUCCAGCGCUGCUGAUCGGUUGGUUGAAGGGAUGACUGCAGGUUCAGGGAACGCUGCAGCCAAGGACCCUUUGUCCCACUCUUUCUCCACCUCUGCAAGUGCCAGAGGGAGGGCAGAGGGAGCGGAGGAAAGACAAAUGCAUUAUCCACAGGAGGUGGGAGAAGAGGAGCAGCCGGAGCCAGCAGGAGCAUCAGGUACGAAGGAGAAAGAGAGGCAGGAGGAGGAGGAGGAACGGCAGCUGUCAGUGGGAAACAAGGAGUUCUUACUUUUGUUGAGGUUCUUCACCGCGAUGGGGUACACCGAGGAUGUCGUCAAACGAGUCCUUGCUCGAACAGGACUUCAGGAGGCCUCGCAGAUACUGGAUUUGGUUCAACAGGAGCAGGAUCGCAGCGACAAGGAGCAGAGGGAGAAAAAUCAAGUCACUCUGCAUCAUAGCGAGAGGAACCGACCCUGCGAGACAGAGCACAGAGAGGAUGAAGACUCAACAGGAGGAGGAGGAGAUAAACCGUUGAGUAGUGAUGUAGAAAUGCUCGAGGUUCAUGAGAAGAAUUGUGAUGGAGCGACAGGAACCAUAAGACAUUUUGACAGAGAAGUUAGCGCAGAAGAAAAAGAGGAAGGAAACGAGGAAGACUUUGUCCUAGGAGUGUUGAAGAAAGCUGCGGCAAGCUGCGGCUACACCGAGCAGAAUGUAGCUAAAGUGUACAGCGCUUUGCCCGAUCGGUCCACCCACCAGCUGCUCCUGGAGCUGCAGAGAGAGGGGAGCAGAGAGACCGACGCCUCCAGAGAGGGACCGAGAGAGAUGGACGAUGUGGUGCUGGAGAAAGAGGGUCCGAAAGCUGGACCAGUGGAGGACGAAGCAAGAAGAGAAGUCCCAGCUAGGUUUUUAAUGCCUGCAGAAAAGAGGGACAUGGGUGAUAUAGAAGCUCGAGCUGCACCGGCUGCAGAACCGGAUUUGUUUCAGUUGAUUGAAAAGCUCCAACAGCCAAAGCAACACCAGCCUUCGAAGUCACAAAACCCACACCAAACAAUCCACUCUGAAGUUAAAGGGCCACCCAUGCCUAUGUAUGCCUCGUCUCUAGAUCAUCCUUUUACCAAUUUGCAAUCCAACAAACCAUACAGCCACAACUUCAAUCCACCCUCCUCUAAACAACAUCGUCCAAAUCAAGACCCAAAGCCUCAGUCUUCCAGCUCCUUGAGACAAGCACUCCAAGCCUCUCAACUUCCCAUCUUCACCGGGAGCGAUUCGUUUCCCGCCAGAGCGAGGGAUCGACAGGGUUUCAUGUCGGCCUCUUCGGUGGUGGUGACAGGGGAGCAGCGUUUCCUGGAGGGCCUGCAGACGCCCUUUGACCUCAAACUAACAGACAAACCUGGAAACCCGAAGCUGAGGACUAUCAUCAUCGAUGGGAGCAACGUGGCAAUGAGUCAUGGUCUAGGCCAUUUCUUCUCAUGUCGAGGCAUCGCUCUGGCUGUUCAGCAUUUCUGGGACCGAGGUCAUCGUCACAUCAGCGUCCUCCUGCCGCAGUGGAGACAGAAGAGCGACUUCAAGAACAAAGAGCAGCACUAUCUGGCUGAGCUGCAGAAGCUAGGCCUGCUCUCCUACACCCCCUCCAGGGAAGUCCAGGGCAAGAGGAUCAGCUCGUAUGAUGACAGAUUUAUGCUGCAGCAUGCACAGAAGACAGAUGGAGUGAUAGUGACUAACGACAAUCUGAGAGACCUCUCUGACGAGUCCGCUGUAUGGAGGGACAUCAUCAAAAAGAGACUUCUUCAGUACACGUUUGUCGGUGAUCAUUUCAUGGUGCCGGACGACCCUCUGGGCAGAGGAGGGCCUCACCUGGACGACUUCCUCCGCUCGGAUCACAGAACUCCCGAUGCAGGAAACCACUCUUUUGCUGGCGUGGCCACCGCUUUCCCCUCCUUCAAACCUCCACGCUCCCAAACGGAGGUCCUGAACUUCCGCGAUCGAACGCUGGGUGGCGCUCUGGAUGCAUCAGGCGGAGGAGGAGGAGGAGGAGGAGGAGGAGGAAGAGGCCGGGGCAAAGGGAGAGGGCAUGGGAAGGGAUGGGACAUGGGAAACCAGCACAGGAGGCAUGGAGCUGAAGGUUUGGGAUCUGGUGCCAAUAGGACUCUACAGGAAACAGCCAGCUUAAGAGAGCAGCUCUGCCAGGUGUUUGAGGGUCAGGACAACAUGGUGACGCUGGUGCUGCAGUGCCACCCAGCGGAGACGGACAUAAACAUGCUGUCUGACCUUAUCUUGGAGCAGCAGAAGGACUAGAAAUUUACCUUACUUUUUAGUUUUACCCCUCCUGGGUUAAUUCAGACUUUUCUUUGACAUACUAAAACUCCAACUCCAAGCACAGCAACUACAACAAACUGCAUUGUCUAAUCUCUUGUGCAAAGAGCAAAAAGGCCAAAUCAUCUAAUGAAGGGUUGA